AUGUCGCCAAUGGCCCUGGAAAACGAUGUAGAAGUGGGCGAGAGUCUGCCACCGGCAACUGAGCACGCUGUCAGUGUUUCACUGCCGACAUGGCGGGCAAAUGUAGGAUAUGAGGAGGGCGAAGAAUGGGUUAUCAGCAAAAUGAAGACUGGCUAUCCUAGAUUCUUCAUACACAAGAUCAUACAAGCCUUUGCGGCUGCAAUCGUUGAGAAGCAUGGCGCAGAGGGGGAGAGCGCAAUGCUGUUCCCUACGAACGCCACCGCAUCAAGAUGCCGAGAGUUCUUUCUGCGGCAAGCACCUGACCUGGAUACGUCACGAGUCCGAAUUCUCGAUUUCAUACCGGCAGCUGAGCAAGCACGUUCGGAAGAGUUGCAAGUUAUAUCUCCAAGAGUCUCGGCUGUUCUCUUCCCCAAAGAGCGCUUCAGCAUCGCAAAGACAUUCUGGCAGCAUUCCGGAGAUGGUGUCUCAAGUCGAAGAGCAGAGUACUGCUCCCAGCUAUUUAAGGAGGGCAUCUUAGUGGAAGCUUCGACAAUCAACCAGCCAGCCAGAGUGUGCAAGGGUCCUAGACGGUACCAGAAGAAGACAUCGAUCGACCUAGGUGCUUCGGACAACUUCACAAACGGCAAUGGAGAAGUGCAAGAUCCUACCCAGUUCGUGGAGGAGAGGUUUGGACGAAAUUUGGAUCUCUCCAAAACCAAAAAUGCAAAGUUGGCGAUUCGACGACGCAUCGCAGGUUCGCUGACUGCGGAUGUCAGCUUGACAGAAGCAAUGACCUUGGACCACGAUGCUGCAAGGAGACGGCCAGUCGCAGGAUUCUCCGAAGACGACGUGUACCUGUAUCCUACGGGAAUGAGCUCAAUCUUCAACGCUCAUCGAAAUCUACUGAGAGCAAAAGGAUCAAAAAGAGCCAUCGUUUACGGCUUCCCGUACAUUGAUACCCUAAAGAUUACCGAAAAAUUCGGGCCCGGUUCGCAAUUCUACGGCUUUGGCUCGUCGGAAGACCUCGAUGACCUUGAGCAACGACUACAGGGUGGCGAGAAAUUCGUCGCACUAUUCACAGAAUUUCCAGGGAACCCGUUACUCAGAUCCCCAGACCUAGAGCGGAUACGUAAUCUAGCCGAUAAGUACGACUUCUGCGUAGUCGUAGACGAGACAAUUGGCAACUUCAUCAACGUCAAUGUUCUGCAAUAUGCAGACGUCGUCGUCAGUAGUUUAACGAAGGUUUUCAGUGGAGACAGUAAUGUCAUGGGUGGAGGCCUCGUGCUCAACCCAAAGGCAAAGAAUUAUGCCCUACUCAAGCGAACAUGGGAAGAAGACUACGAAGACAACCACUGGGCUGAAGACAGCAUCUUCCUUGAGCGCAACAGCCGAGACUUUGUCUCAAGAAUUGAUCGUAUCGGUACCAACGCCGAAGCCAUCUGCGAUGUACUAAGCGCACAUCCUCGCGUCAAACAAGUAAACUACCCCAAAACCUCACCAACCCGCCCCUUUUACGAGAAAUGCCGUAACCCCAAUGGCGGAUAUGGUGGCCUCCUCUCCGCCACUUUCUACUCCAGAGCCGAUGCCAUUGCCUUCUUCGACAAUCUCGAUACCGUGAAAGGACCCAGUCUAGGCACAAACUUCACGCUAAGUUCGCCGUAUGUGAUUCUAGCGCACUAUGGAGAACUGGAUUGGUGUGCAAAAUGGGGUGUCGAAGCUGAUUUGAUUCGGUUUAGCGUGGGGCUGGAGGAAACGGGGAAGUUGGUUGAGACGUUCAAGAGGGCGUUGGAUGCUAUUCCUGCUGCGCAGUCGUAA